UGUAGCAUAAUCCGUUGAAAACAAUGUUUGCCGGAUCUUUGCUUCCCGAAUGAUUAAUCGGUUGUCAUCGCACUCUCGACGGCCGUCCGUCGGUUCCUCCGUAGAAUAAGUUUACUUUUUACGAGGCACGAAAGAGACUUCGCGAUCGCACGUGGACACAUUUCUCAAUCCUCAGAAUUUUUCGCUGGAGGUUCUAUCCCAAAGUGUUGAAUAAAAAUUCGUUGCGAUACUCUUGCCAGCGAGAUAAAAUCAAUUAGAUGUGUGCGAAGUAAUGGUUAAUGACAUUACGCGAGACGCAACUGCCGUAAUUGGAUUAGCAGAAAAGGCGAACGCGAGGGAAGAAAAUCAAAUUACUUUUCCUCCCUUUAACUUUUUUACAAUCUCUGGAGAUUAAAUACAUUUCAUGGGAUUAAUUGCAUAUCUCGCUUCGUAGAAGGUGGGGAGAUUGUGUUUUGUCAAUGUGCCAAGAUAACAGUACAAUCCCUUUUAUUAACCGGUAAUCCGUCUAAUCCGAUGCGUUAUCUGUUUGAGCCAAUUCAAGUCUAUUUAAGGCCAUUAUUCACAUUUAUCUCCGACAAUACGCAGAGACGUUCUUUCAGCAGUGCGGCGAGAUUGUUUGACGCAGUACAGCAGUCGUCAGGAGCUCUCGAUAUGCCGAAGGAAACGAGAGUCGUGAUUGUCGGAGCGGGCGCAGCUGGUAUCGCAGCUGCCUCGAGAUUGUUGCAGAGGGGAAUGAGCGAUUUUGUGAUACUGGAAGCCAAUGACAGAAUCGGUGGCCGAAUAUACACCAAGAACUUCGGUGAACAUGUGGUGGAUCUCGGAGCUCAAUGGGUUCAUGGACAAUCUGGAAAUGUGGUGUAUGAACUUGCCUCCAAACACAAUCUGCUGAGUUCAUUUAUUGCUCUACUUGACCCUAGCAGACAUGAAUUUGCUAAUAUUAAUGGUGAAAUAAUACCCAAUGAAGAAAGUACUGAAGCCUUGAUGAUUUACUUUAAUAAUAUGAAUAAAAUGAAACAGAUAGAAUUGAAAGAGGAAGAGGGAUCUUUUGGGGAUUACUUCAUAAGAGAAUAUUAUAAAGCUUUUGAUGAGAAGCCAUUCACGAAUCGUGCUCGAAUUGCUGAAUAUUUAUCUUGGAUAGAAAAGAUGGAAAACUCUAUACAGUGCAGCGAUUCAUGGUUUGACGUCUCCGCAAAACGUUUGACAGAAUAUUGGGAAUGCGAGGGCGAUCCUACUUUGGAUUGGAAGAAUCGUGGUUAUAAGACAAUUUUUGAUUUAUUAUUGCAAAAAAUUCCGAACGCAGAGGAAUGCUUACCAGUGAUGGAAAAAAUAGAGUUCGGAAAGGUUGUGGUAACUAUUAAUUAUAGCUCAGAUGAGAACGUGACUGUGAUUACCAGAGAUGGAUGCGAGUAUUCUGCGUUACAUGUAAUAUUUACUGGAUCUUUGGGCGUCCUGAAGGACAAACAUUCCACGAUGUUCGUGCCAUCUUUGUCGCAGAAGAAACAGCGCGCGAUAGAGGGAUUAAAUAUUGGAACAGCAAACAAGAUUUUCCUUGAAUUUUCACACAGAUGGUGGCCAGAGGAUAAAGUCAGCUUUAACUUUAUCUGGUCGGACAAAGAUAAGAAAUUCCUGCAAACUUACGGUCAAAAUAGAGAAUGGCUUUGUGAUGUGUUUUCAUUUUUUACUGUGGCACAUCAGCCAAAUCUUUUAUGUGCUUGGAUAGCUGGAAAAAAUGCGAGACAUAUGGAAACCUUAUCGGAUGUUGACGUACUUGACGGAUUAUAUUUAUUGUUAAAAAAAUCAUUUGAGAAACAUUACACUGUUGUGAAGCCAAUAAGAAUGUUAAGGUCUAAAUGGUACACCGAUGAACAUUUUCGAGGCUCGUAUAGUUUUCAAAGCAUGUUUUCCGAGCAAAUAGAUAUAAGACCAAGAGAUUUGGCCGAGCCAAUUGUGAAUGGAAGUAAACCUGUAAUCCUUUUCGCUGGAGAAGCCACGCAUGAUCACUAUUAUUCCACUGUGCAUGGCGCUGUAGAAACUGGCUUCCGUGAAGCGGAUAGAAUAAUCGAAUUUGAAAGAACGUGCAAUCACUUAAAUCAAUUGAUUGACAACUUCGACGAAGCAUUGCGGAUAGAGAUUGACACGAACACAAGAGGAGCGGAAAAGACGAGAGUCGUGAUAGUAGGUGCAGGAAUUGCAGGAUUGGCGGCAGCGAAAACUCUGGAGGAUGCGGGAUUUACAGAUUAUCUUCUUCUUGAAGCUCAAGAUGUAGUUGGAGGAAGAAUUUAUUCCGUUCCAUGGGAUAAUGGCUGGAUAGAUUGCGGAGCGCAAUUUUUACAUGGUGACAAAAGCAGGCUUGCUCAGUAUUGUUUAAGCAAUGAUUUACUGUCGAACAUUCAAGGCACGGAUGGCGAUGGAAUUUUCUUGCGCGACGACGGAACAAUAAUGAACGAGAGUUUGGUUCGCGAAAUCGACGAUCUCGUACGAACCGUUUCAGACGAUAUCUGCGAAUCUCGAAGACCUCUGAAGAAGCAGGAGAAUAUUGGUUCUGUCCUGAGAUGUAGAUUUGAAGAUUAUUUACACGAGAAAAAUGAUUCUCCGAUGGAGAGAAGGAUGAAAGAAGAAAUUUUUGAUUGGAACGUGCGCUUUCUUUUGGUGGAUAAUUGCUGCUAUUCAUUAGACGAUUUAUCAGCGGUUUUUUGGGGAAAGUUUAAGUACGUUGGUGGACCAGAACAUUUGCUCUUCAAGUCUGGCUAUAGUUCUUUAACGAAUCUUCUCGUUGACAAUCUGGAUAAACAAAAGGUGCGUUUAACCACUUCCGUGGAAACUAUUCACUGGCGGGACACUUUCGAUUCUCUAAAUGAUUCUCCGAUUACCGUGAAAAUUUUUGACGGGACGAAAAUUUUCGCCGAUGCGGUUAUAGUCACUUGCUCGCUCGGCUACUUGAAGGAAAAUCACAAGAAAAUGUUUCAACCGUUGUUACCGAGUCGUCUGAACGUCGCUAUUGAGAAUCUCGGUUUUGGAACGAUUAACAAAAUUUUCCUGGAUUUCGGCGAACCCUGGUGGCAAAGAAACAUCCAUGGUUUUCAGCUGCUUUGGAGCAGGAAUCUUGAUCGCCAGUCCUUACCCGAAUGGACUAAGGACGUCACAGGAUUCGACGUCCUGCCGACUCAUGCGGCCACUCUUAUAGUGUGGGUCGGCGGACGAGGAGCGUGUAUCAUCGAGGAUUUGACAGAGGAGACUAUCGCACAAGAUUGUAUGAAUCUGUUGACACGUCAUUUGCGAUGUCAUGAUAUUCCACCGGUAAAAAAAUGCGUCCGAACUAAGUGGAACGGGAAUAAAUAUGUGAGAGGCGGUUACAGCCAUAUCACUAAAAGUUGCGAGGGGGAUAACAUCUCGCCUAGAACGUUAGCUGAGCCGAUCUGGGCAACGAUGUUGCAGAAUGACACGAAGACGGAAAAGAAUGUACCAAUUAUACUGUUUGCCGGUGAAGCUACCCACGACGAAUUUUACUCGACAACGCACGGAGCUUACGAGACUGGAAUCUAUCAAGCUGAAGUAUUCUUACAAUAUCAUGUGAACACGAAAUAAAUAUAAAUUGUGACAAUAUGUAGAUAUGUAAAUAUACUAGUGUAAUAAAGUUUUUUAAAUGUUUACAUA